GCCCACGUGCUCCCGAGGAGUAUUUGCCUCGCCGCAUCCGCCGGUUAAUCUACUCGACACCUCUUCUGCAGUAUAGUCGCCUAGUACUCCCGGUUCAUUUUAUCCGAAACGUUUAUCCUAUUAUAUCCGGGUUACCUCGGCUUACCCCAAUGGAUAACGUUCAGUUACUCAUUAUUUCUCUAUGUUUCGGUUUUAGCCAGUGUUUUGGUCCAAAUAAUUAUUAUUUUGAAAAUCAUAAGUAUUGUGACGACCUGUCGCCUUAUUAUGGCGAUAUUAAUUUAGACCAAAUAACCGGCGUUUGGUACGGGGUUGAAAAAAUACCGCACGCGAAAGGUGAAUACAGGAUUGAAUAUACAAAGGAGUGUUUUUACAUUGACAUUAAGGAAGUUGAUAUUAUGCCAACUUCUCUACCACCGUACACACUGCCGACAAAUGGCCCAUAUGGGAGUCGACAUUAUGGCCAAUAUGGUCAAUCGGGCCAAUACGGGCAAUAUGGCCAGUACAAUCAAUAUGCCAAUGAGCCCUACCGCAUCAGACACCUGGUCCUGGAGUGGCAUGAAGGUUUAUGGAAGGAGGAAUACCACAUCAAAGUGAACACUUCUCAUAGGGGGUUCUGGCCUACGGAUGUGCCUAAUGGCUCUGUCGACGAAAUGUAUCGCUUCUUCGGCGGGGUUAUUCAAGUACUAAAAGCGGCCAACAACCACUUAGUAUUAAACUUCUGCAUGAGGCUGCCCCACUCCCAGCUGUACAGCGUCGUGCUGUCCAGGAAUGAGAACCAGCUAACCCCUGAAGACCUGGCCAGCAUCCACAAUGUAUUCACAAUGAAACAUUUGUCUACCUCUGCGUUAAAACGAGUGUGCGAAAACUCUGCUCCUAUAAUGAGCAUGUCGAGUUUAAGUUUUUUACUGGUUGCGGUUAUUUUAUGGAGAUCUCAAUAAUAAUGUGGCAGUUUUAAUUAAUUUGUUGUAUGAAGGAAAUAAUGCAGUAAAUAGUCUGAGAGGCUGAAAGUGAAUUAUAAAUAUUUACAAGAAUGCUUUAUUUAUUAAUUUAAUAUCGUUCUUGUCGGUGGAAUUUUUUCCAUCUCUCUCUAUCUAUAUUGACCUUGGUUUUUUAUUCAGAUUAUCGUGUUGUACAAGGUAGCCAAAUGUUUCUCCACGUAUCGACACUAUAGCAUUCUUUUUUCAUUAACAAUGUCUAGUACAUCCGCGUUUGUAUUCUUAUCUGUCCAGUUUAUUUUCUCCAGAAAAAUAACUUGUAUAUCUUGAAAUAUCUUUAUUUAAUAAAUAGAAAUAUGGUUUAUUUCUCCUUUUAACGACAACGAUUAGUUUUGCUAUGUUGAAAAAUAUUAUACAUAUGUGGUAUUAUAAUAUAAUGCAGUCAUAAUUACUAUCAAUUGAACUAUAUUCAUAUAUAAUAUAUAUAUUCAUAACUUCCAUUGAAACUGUAAAAGGACCUCUAUGAUUUUCGAGACUGUGUAAUGUAUAUUUUUUAAAAUAAAAAUGGCGUA